AUGGCAGUCCUGAAAGUCAACAGUUUUUCGAGCCGAGACACUAAUAUUGAAUCUGGCACUCUCCGCGCAAAUAACAACACUAGCGUCGAUGUUUUGCUGAACUCGAUCGCCGGCGAGAGCUUGCAAGCAUCAUGGCGUUGUAUUGCACCAUUGGUUAGGUUUGUGGAAAUCAGUAAAGCCGAUUCUGUUCAAAACAGCUACCUCGAGGUGAAGAGAUUUCUCGGCUCGGAAACCUUCGCGGGCGUUGACCUUACAGUCGUGGCAAAGUACGAGCCAGACAUUUCCAUUAAGCUUCUGACUGAUGUACUUGAGCUUUAUCGGACCAGUGCUAUCGAAGCCGUCUCGCCCAUCACCUCCUUCGCGAUGUCUGAAUUACAAAUCGCCAUGAGACUCAUGCAAGGCGGGAAGCAUAUGGGAAAGAUUAUCAUCCGAAGCCAUGGCGACGAGGUCGUACAGGUACUACCACCUCUCAUUUACACAACAAUCGCGCAUGCAGAUGCGUCGUACCCUAUUACGGGCGGCACCGGAGGAAUAGGACGGUCACUGGCAUCCUGGCUUGCCAAGAACGGUGCCAAACCCAUCGUGCUCGUCUCGCGCAGUGGUUCUAGCAGCGCUUCAGCGCACGCACUUGUCGAAGAAAUAGACAUUCUCGACAAUGGUGUUCCUAUCGCAGUCAGAAAGUGCGACGUAAGCAAUCAAGCGCAAUUAGAGGACCUCAUAAAUGGGAUCCAAGGGACGAUGUCACCAACAUAA